ACAGAAGGCUUAGUAAUCGGAAGGUCCAGAGUUCGAUCCCCGCUCGAUUCCAAAUUUUUGAAAAUUUUUUUUUACCAUAAAUUUUUUUUCAAGUGUAUUUUAUUAAUAUUAUUUUUAUUUUUCGAAUAGUAUGCCGAAUUAGGCGAGGCGAAGCCGAGCCGUUCAUAAUUUAUAUUUCACUCGAUCGACAUUACUCCCCUUGGUGAGUUCAGACGGAGGCUGGACAUUUACCGUGUAUGUAGCACUUGCGGUUGUUUAUAAAAAAAUUGUACUCACCGAGGCCGAAGGCCGAGGGAAGUUAACCGACAUAGUAUGAACGACAAAGCGACCAGCGCAACCGAGGCGAAGCCGAGGUGAGCAGACACAACGCCCCCCAACACUAAAAACAGCAAUACAUACGUGAUAAAUAUCCCUUGUUGCUGAAAUGUAUGUAGGGAAUGGUAAAAUGCCGCCCCACAAACCGUGAAACCGCAAACAAACACUACAGCUACACGUCAAUCACCUGGUUUUGCCGGAUUCAUGGAGCGAUCAAAAAAGAUUUUUAAUUCAUUCGUGUCUUUAUCAAUUUGCUUACAUUUUUUGACGUUUGAACUUUUGAAGAAGCUGUGAUAUGAUGAUUCAAACAUCACUAAAACAUCUUAUUAAAGAUAAAUACCAAUGAUUUCGCCGCAUUUCUGUUUCAACAUCGGUCACGAAUCCUUUCCGAACUAUGAAUGAGAUUAAAUCUGAUAUCCGUAGCAACGAAAUCAAGUUGCAGCAGCAUCUUGCAUUACUGAAAGAAGAAUACGUCAAACUCCAGACCCAGUACAAUGAAGUUGAAAGAAAAUAUGCGUUGCUCAAUGCAACCAAAGGAAACACCUCCGAAAAUAGUUACGUUUCUCGAUUAAUAAAAACAGUAAAUGAGUUAUACGAUAAUCCGACAUUCAGUGAUUUAACGAUUCUACUGUCUAAUCGCGAAGUACCUGCACACAAAAUCAUUUUUAAAGCUCGUAGUAAUGCGUGGGGAUCUGUGAAUUUGACUGAUACCAGUACUUUGGAUUGGUCGGAUAUGUCAAUUGAUACGGCUCUUGCUCUGUUAAAAUGGAUUUAUACUGAUCAGGUGGAUUUCAGUAAAGGCGAAGAUUUCACUUUGGAUUUAAUGAAAACUGCCAACACUUAUCAACUAGAUGAUUUGAUCGCGAAGAGUGAAAAAGCUCUUAUGGCGUUGGUGAACGUAAAAAAUUGUGUCAGAUUCUACACAACAGCUGAUGAAAUUGGAGCUGAAACAUUAAAACAGCAUUGUUCUAGUUUAAUUUCAACGCACUGGGAGGAUUUCACUAGUGAAGAUUUCGCCCAUAUGUCAGCGCCUUUAUUGUACCAUAUGUUCAAGAAUAAAACAAAAUUUCCUCUUCAUUCUGCUGUCAGGUUACAAAGAGAAGAUGUUGUGUUCUUAUAUCUGGUUGAAAACAAUUCUCAGUUAUCAACCCUAUUGAAUGAAUUGGACAACCGAGGAGAUUUGGCUCUGGAUUUAGCUUUGAAAGAUAAACAAACCAGUAUUGCUCGAACUCUUAUCGACCAUCGUGCCGAUCCAGAUGCCAGAGAUUCAAAAGGAUGGACAAUUUUCCUGCGAGCUGUUGAACGAGGUGAUGGGUUUGCUGCUCGUUUUCUUUUGGAUAAUAAUUCGUCAAUUUCCACCGUAACCCCGGAUCGAGGAGAUACCGCUCUACAUUUAAUUGCUUCUUCGUCGCCGGAUACUAGUCCGGAUGACAGUUUGAAUGUGAUGAAUUCUGUUGCAAAAACAUUACUUGAAAAAGGACUGGAUCCUAAUUUGCCAAAUAAUCAGGGAUUCACGGCGUUACAUUUAGCUGUGAUGGCGCGGAACGAGGAAUUAUUUAGUUUAUUAUUAUCUCACGAUAAGGUCGAUUUAAAUGCCCGAACUCUCGAAGGACAUACCCCGUUGUAUUUCGCUUUAAUUAGUACUCGAAAGCUAGUGAAUACGAAUAGUUUCGCUGCUAGACUAGUUGAAAAAGGAGCUCAACCUAAUCCGAUUUAUUCGCAAAGUUCAAACUCACUGUUACAUGUCGUUACUGAUGAUUGGUUAGAAGAUGCCGCGUUGUUUAUAUGUUCGCAUGCGAACAAUGUAAAUCAUACUAAUAGACGAGGUGAAACUCCUCUUCAUGUGGCGUGCGAAAGAGGUCUAGUUAAUCUAAUUACUCGAUUACUCGAGUGCGGCGCUAAUCCAAAUAUACCAACAUUACCACCUGAAAGCCUAGGCGUAGUCGAAGACGUUGUAAGUAGCUCCUAUCGACUUACUCCUAUCCAAACUGCAAUUUUGAACCGACAAGAAGAUGCUGUUCGCGCCAUGUUGGAAUACAGUGCGUCAACUCAAGAAAAUCAAAGCGAAAAUGGAUUUUUCCUGAAUUUAAAUCACAAAGAUUCCAAAGGUGAUUCCGCUCUCUCUUUGGCUGUUGCGAUGGAUAUGCAAAGAAUAGUUCCGGAGUUGAUUUUAGCCGGUGCUGACGUAAAUAUCAGAAAUGGCGAUGGAUUGACGUUACUUCAUCAGGCUAUUUUGAAAAAAGAUUCGAAAACUGCGUCAUUUUUACUCAACCAAGGAGCUAAUGUAGACGCCAAAACUCAAGAUAACCUGACACCUUUGCAACUGGCUAUUCAAUGCGGUGUCGCUCCGAUUGUCGAAGAUUUAUGUAAAAAAGGUGUUGAUAUGUCGGUUACCGAUGAAAAAGGCAAUUGCCCAUUAUGGGUUGCUUUAUCUUCCGGCCAAGAAGACAUAGCUUCCAUUUUGGUCAAGUACGGUGUUGAUACCGAUUGUUGGCACGAAGGUCUCGACGGAUGUUUACAAACUCUGCUGCACAAAGCGAUCGAUGAAAAUAAUGAAACUAUUGCUAGAUUCCUAAUUCAAAGCGCUUGUGAUCUGAAUACUCCAAGACGUCCUGGUCCUGGUGGACGAGGUGGUGAUGAGGCGUUCGAUUUACAAACUCCUCUCCAUCUAUGUUGUUCGUGGGGAUUAGAAGCUACGGUACAAGCUCUAAUCGAACACGGAGCCGAUGUCAAUGUAAAGGAUGCAGAAUCCAAAACUCCUCUUCAUGUUGCCGUUUAUAAUCGAUACCCCGCUAUUAUCAAUUUAUUACUAUGUCAUCCGGCGAUCGACGUUUCCCUUCUUGAAAGAGAUAAGUCAGGCUUGACACCAUUUGCCACCGCUCUCACCUGCCGGAACGAUAAAGCGGCUCAGGCUAUUUUACAAAAACUACCCAGUGCUGCUGAACAGUUUGAUAACAAAGGACGUAACUUCCUACACAUGGCUAUUCAAAAAGACGAUAUUGAAAGUAUUUUGUUUUUACUUUCAAUACACGUUGAUGUGAAUUCACGUGUACAAAACUCAGAGCAAACUACUCCAUUGCAUUUAGCCGCUAAAAACGGUAAUGAAAUGUUAGUACGGAGUUUAAUAUUAGCUGGAGCUAGAGUGAAUGACAGAGAUGCCUCAGGACAAACAGCCUUGCAUAUCGCCAGUAGAGCUGGCCAUGCUUCCGUUAUAUCCGCGCUUUUAAGUAGCGGUGUCGAUUACGAAGCUUGUGACCAAGAAGGUAGCAAUGCUCUACACGUUGCUUGUCGCGAAGGACAUUUAAAUGCGGUCAAAGAGUUGCUUUCUGAAUCACAAAUUAAUGCUGAAGCAGUGGAUAUCAGAGGUCGUACACCUCUGCAUAUAUUGGCCAAGUACUCGCGCGAUAACGCUUCAGCCAUUUGCGAAUUAUUUGUCGAAUUUAUGCCUAAUUAUCCGUUAGAAAAGGCAGAUGCUCAUGGAAAUACAGCUCUCAUUUUGGCAUAUAUGAAUGGUAACGGUAACCUAUGCCGAACACUAGUCAAAGCCGGAGCUUCGGUCGGUGCAAUGAAUAAAGAAGGGGUAACGAUAUUUAACUAUCAAGUUGCGACCAAGCAAUUAUUACAUAGAUUACUAGAUCAACUCUCUAAAGAACCCCCUUGGGUGGAAGGCGAAGCCUGUCAAGAAUGUGAUACUAGGUUUACUAUUACUAUGAGAAAACACCAUUGCCGGCACUGUGGGCGAUUAUUAUGUAGCAAAUGCGCUGCCAGAGAUAUACCAAUAUUGAAGUACAACCAAAAUAAACCAGUUAGGGUUUGUAUUACGUGUUUUGACGUAUUACAAGGAAACUAUUCGUUCAACUGAUGAACUAUCAUACAAGCCAUUAUCUAAUAUUUAUAUCAUUUUUUUACGAAUACUUUUUUACAAUUUUUAUGAUCCUGUUUUUGAUAUUGUUUAAACUAGUACGUAAUUUAAUCAAAUUAUACUUGAAUAUUCGUAACACCACUGAGA